GAAAAAUGAAUGUGUCAUUGUGUAUUAUUGUAGGUUGAUGUUUAUAAAAAUAACUUAUGACAAAUAUUAUCGCUUACAGUGAGACAAUGGAAAGGGGGACCAAAAUAAAUUAUUUUUAAUAACAGUAUUCUAAAAUAGUACAUAGAGAAACAAAAAUAAAGCAAAGGAUAACGGGGAUAAUGGACUCAAGCUGAUAUUAUUACAAAUGUCCUUUACUGGAGUUUUUUAAUUGUAAAUAUUAUAUACCGAACGUCUUAAAAUAUGGAUUUAUCUUACUUAUAUCUGCUGCAAAUCUUAUACAUGUUAUAUAUAUGCGUUGAAAGUCGCAUUGGACAUCCUUGUACAGAAAGACUGGACUGCUGGUGCAAUGAAUGUUGUGUAUUUGAUGGAUCAUCAAAGGUAUCCACAAGAAAUGGAACAAGACAAGGGACUUGUAAACUCCUUAAGGUGCUCAAUGAAGAAUGUCUCCUUGACCAAUCAAAACGACUUGAACGCAAUGUGGCAUAUGAAUGCCCGUGUGGAAAAGGUUACAAAUGCACACCCGUUGGUGCAACUGAAAGAAGAUACUUUUAUAUUGGAAAAAAGAAACUCCAAUCAGGAAUAGGUCUAUGCAAGCCCCAGUUCUGUGUUAAUUCAAACGAUUGUGGUCAGACACAAUGUUGUAUAAAAUUAUUUGGUGUGAAAUUACCGUAUCUCUCUAAGAUUCCAAGGGCAAACAGAAAGGCGGUGGGGAGGUGCACGGAAUUAUCAAAAGAACGUCAAGUUUGUUUGAAAUCAGCAAAUAUUCGAAAUAACCGUGCAGCAUAUGACCAGUAUUGUCCGUGUAAACGUGAUCUCGUAUGUGACGACGCAAAAGGGGCAUUAUGGACCAGAUUCGGUUUUAACCCAAUUACAUUACAUGGUGAAUGUAAAAAGAACAAGUGCACGAAACAAAAGGAUUGCUUGAAAGAUGAAUGCUGUGUUUUGGACAAGGAGCAGUAUGAGAAAACUGGAGUAGUAUCAGAAGAAGGAACGUGUAGGCAGCUAGGAAAAUGUGGUGAAGCAUGCAUGGUCGGUGUGUUCAAACCACUACAAGAGACUAAACCGAUGUUUGUCGAUUGUCCUUGCAAAGAACAACAAUACACGUGUAGACCUCUGAAUCCGAAGAAAAAAGAUAAAAUAGGAGCCCCUGGAACUUGCCAAAGAUGGUCUGAGGAAGAAAGGGAGAUAAUGAGACUUGAAGAGGAAAGAAAACAAUUAUUAAAAGAACUUAGAAAUUCAACUGCAUCUAAUGCAACAACAAGUUGAUAGACUUGGUUAUUAUAAUGUUUUACUUCAUGUGGUUGAAAUAAAAUAAUAAACUAAUCAAUUCGGUUUUAUAAGCGUAAAGCUAA